GCUCAAGAGAUGGUCGCUCAACCAAACGACGCCCCUCUAGCCUUCGCCAACAACCCUCAAAGUUACGGAAACUUCGACCUUGUCAAACGAAUCAAACUUACCUUCACCGAUGUGGAAAUAUCUAAAUGGAGAAGUAGAAAGACCGGACUCAGUGUAGUCCACAUUGACUAUGAUGCGCCUAUCGUUAACGGCUACUUCGUUGUUGCUACUGAAAUCUUCGAUGACACUGGGUGCCCCCAUACAUUGGAACACCUGGUUUUCAUGGGAUCCCAGAAGUAUCCUUACAAGGGUAUCAUAGACCAUCUGGCAAAUCGGGGCUUCUCCAAUGGUACCAAUGCAUGGACGGAUACUGAUCACACGGCAUAUACCGUCAGCACUGCGGGAGAUCAAGGUUUCCUUCAGCUCCUGCCUAUCUAUGUUGACCAUAUCCUAUACCCUACGAUGACAGAUGCAGGAUUCGUCACGGAGGUACAUCACAUCAACCCCAAGGGCGAGGACUCGGGUGUGGUUUAUUCCGAGAUGCAAGGGCGACAGAAUACCGCAGGGGAUCUCAUGUCUCACCUCAACCAGCAGUUGGUGAAUCCCGUUGGGAGUGCUUACAGGAGCGAGACAGGAGGUCUGAUGGAAGCACUGCGGAGACUUACUAUUGACCAAAUUCGUCAAUAUCACGGCAGCUAUUACCUGCCACAUAAUCUGUCGCUUAUUGUGACGGGGAAGCUCUCUGGUGGAACUGCCGGACUUCUCAAGAAGAUACAGAACGAGGUUGAACCCAACAUUGUCGCUCAUGGUCAAGACCAUGGGCUUCGCCCAGACAAUUGGAAACGACCAUUCCUUGAGACGGCGUCGGCGGCACGAACCCCAUUCCAGGAGACAGUCAGCAGGACCAUCGAGUUUCCGGAGAAGGAUGAGAGUGUGGGCGAGCUCAUCAUAUCGUUCAUGGGUCCACCACCGAACGCAUUUCUGGAGCGAAAGGCAUUGGACAUCCUGGGGACUUACCUGACUUCUUCCGCUGUCGCGCCGCUCAACAAGGAAUACGUCGAGAUUGAGAAUCCAUUCUGCACGUAUAUAUACUUUUCUGAAGACGUUAGAGCCACUCUCGUCGAUCUACCAAUCUACAUAGGGUCCGUACCAACCGAAUACCUCGACACCUUCGACCAGCAACUCAAAGAGAGCCUGCGGCGCAUAGUAGAUGAAGGAAUUGACAUGCCACGCAUGGCUAUGGUAAUCAAUCGGGAUGAACGACAGCUUCGGAGCAGACUCGAGUCAUCGAAAGGAGACACUUUCUCUAUGACAAUCAUUAACGACUUCUUAUACGGCCCAGAAGAUGCCUCUGAGCUCGAAAGUUCCUUGGAUGAGUUCACUCAACUCCAAGCCCUUCGUCAGUGGACUUCCAAGGAAUGGACGGAUAUCCUGCAGAAGUAUUACAUAGACCCUCAUUGCGUCGUCGUCCGUGGCAAGCCUUCAGCCAAGUUGGCGGAUAAGCUUGAGAAGGAUGAAAAGAUUCGCGUUGCGGAACAGGUUAAGGAGCUGGGAGAAGCUGGCCUCGCAGCAGCGGCGGCAAAGCUGGAGGCAGCUAAAUCAGAACAUGAUCGCCCAAUCCCGAGCGACAUUCUGACGUCCUUCCCUGUCCCGAACGUCAAGAGUAUCUCGUGGAUACCGGUGCAGAGCCUUCAGGAAGCAGGGAAAGGACGGGAGACGCGCCGGACGCCUGUCCCCAACGAAGAGCUAACGAAGCACGUACAUGCACACGGAUCUCCACUCCCAUUCUUUGUUCAAUAUGAUCAUGUGAAGUCGGACUUCGUCACCGUACAUGCUCUAUUCUCCCUCGAGAAGCUACCCAACCAUCUGAGAUUAUACGUCUCUACAUAUUUGUCCUCGUUCUUCUCCUUACCGGUCAGACGUGCGUCGGGCGAAUACCUAACCCAUGAGCAGGUAAUCAACCAACUCGAUGAUGAAACCGUAUCGUACGAAGUUAGCCUGGGGAUGUCAAAUCAAUUUACGGAGCUCCUUCGGAUCAGUCUGAAGGUCGAAGUGGGCAUGUAUGAUGCUGCUGUUGCAUGGCUCAAGGAUCUCCUUUAUGGCAGCGAGUUCACGAAAGAAAGACUUCAAGUUGCUGUCGCCAAGAUCCGCCAGUCACUCCCCGAACUGAAGCGUGACGGCAAUACAGUAUUAGGAUCUGUGUCGGCAGCCAUGCUCUAUGACGAGAACUCGACAUCUCGUGCCGGCGGAGUUCUGACGCAGAUGGAGUUUAUCCCCACUCUCAGCGAGCAACUAGAAUCCCACACGAAUAAGGUACUUGAAGCCUUUGAGCAAAUCAGAUCGUACGUGACGGCACCCGCAGGAGUUCGUUUCUCGGUCACGGGCAAUGUUCUGGGUAUUGAUAACCCUCGGAGCUCCUGGCAGAAGUACUUCGCUGAUCGCUUACCGGAGAGUUCAUUGGAUGCUGUGCCCACUGCCUCCGAUACGCUUAGCUCACUGGGUAAGAACCCAUCGAGGAAGGCCGAAGUUCUCAGUCUGCCAACCAUCGAAAGCUCUUAUGUAUGCCACACCUCGAUCGGAAUGCGCGGUUUCACGGAUGUGCGCUACCCGGCGCUGCGCAUCGCUUUGGAAGUCCUGAAUGCGACCGAGAGCUACCUCUGGCGGUACAUUCGAGGCUCUGGUUUAGCGUAUGGAGCUUAUGUUUCCAAUGAUCACGAAGCGGGUCUCCUGAGCUUCUCGCUCUAUCGGAGCUCCAACCCGAUACAAGGUUUCCAUGAGGCUGCCAAAGUAGUUCGCGGCCUUGUCGACGGCACUAUCGCAUUCGAUGAAACAGCACUUGAUGCGGCCAAGAGCAGCAUUGUCUACGGGAUCACUAAGAACGUUUCGACAGCGGGACGAGCUGCGACCGUAUCUUUCAUCAACCAAGCUCUGAAAGGUGUCCCUCAAGAUUACUAUGUGGGUCUUCUCGAUCAGCUACAAACAACGACGAAAGAACAAGUGCUCGCGACACUGAAGGAGUACUUCCUGCCACUCUUCGAUCCAUCGUCGUCGGUGGCAAGCAUCGUGACUGGACCAGGCAGUGCAGAUGAAAUUGCAGAGAGUCUGACAAGCUUAGGCUUUGAGGUCAAGCAGCGGACACUAGAAGUUGAUCCAGAGGAAAUAGGAGAUGGAUCCGAAUCAGAUUCGGAUUCCGAGAGCAGCAAUACUUCGAGCAGCGAACAGUAAUAAGAAUUUCCGGCCUCCGGAUUCAUUAUCUUGCAUCGAUUACAGUAUACUAGGGCUAAUCAUACGGCAUCGUGCUAGGCGGCGGGUGACUCCGCGAUGACUUCAAUCAUAUUCUCGUCGGCUUCACCAGGCUUCAUUUCAACGUCACGAAGAAAAUCGUUUUCCACAAGGAAUCUGAUGGCUUGUGACAGAUUAGAUACGGUCACACGAAUUUCCGGAAGGAGGAGUUUACGUAGGAGCGACCUGCGGGGAGCGAAAGGAUUUAAGGGAGGUUGCCUGGGUUUGUGCGGCCUAGGCUUCUUCACCGCAGGGACAGACUUCGUCCAGGGGGUUUGUUCUGGAGCAUCGGCUGGACAAUCGGGCGCUGAAGGCAGGCCACACCAGUCUCCUCGUGCUAUGUCAAGGUCAAGCAGCAGAGGAGCCUUCGACGUCAUGGAUUCCGGCGCUUCAUCGUCAUCAGAGCUGCUGGAAAUCUGAUUUAAACAGUUCGCAUCUUGCGCCGAGAGAAGUGGUUCAGGCGGUCUGGUCGCGGCUGGGAGUGCAUGAGUCUGCAAGUAAUUAUGUGGGCGCGAUAAACCACGCCCUCGACCCGUCUCCAAGCUCCGCCCGCGGGGCGCACCCCUUCCGCGGCUUGCCGGAUCGGAAGACCAGGACGAUCCAUGCUGAUUAAGGCGGCGUCUUUUGUGGCCCGCCAGACCUGCGUCGUCCGCGUCUAUCUGUCCGCGAGCAACAGCUUCCUCGAUCUUCCUGUUCUUCUCUUCUACUCUCGGAGUAGACGGCCAGCGUUUUUUCCUUUCAGCUAUCCACUUCUCGAGAGUUUCAGGGUCACUCAGGUUCACGCUCGUGCCCUGGAUGGGGAUGGGUUUGCCGAUUAAACUGGGGUCGGCAUCCCAAUCCAGCUUUUUCUUGCGUCGAUCAAAUCCUAGGGGAUAUAUAAGGUGCCUAUCCAUCUUGUGCACUUCAACACUCUUCUGGGAACCUGUGAAAGUGCAGUCCUUAUAGUUGCAGCGGUGGUUACCUGGCUGGUACCAGCUGUUCCUCAACGGAGGCGGCGGUCGACUGGGCCCUCCUGCGGUUCGCGAAGAGAGUGACAUCGGAGGAGCAGAGUAGCUGGGCAGUGAAGUCCAGGACGAGCUUCCCUGAGUCGGCUGCAUAUAUGCCUGAGCAUAAUGAGACGAGUAGUAGCCUGCGGGAUAAGCCUGAGCAUCCG